CCUGCUGCAUCAUCACGUGUCCAUAGCAACUGUGACUGGAAUGAUAUUUUCAUGCGCAAACGCGCAGCUGAAGGUCGGGACGAUGAUUUGACGCGAUGGCGGAGAAGCGUCGCGCCGGUGUCGCGAUCAUGUCCGACUCCAAAUCUGCCAAAGCCGCGGGCGAUGAGCAGCUGCUGUCGCAGGCCGGGGUCAGCGCGCUGCUCCGGGGGGCUCUGCUCCGGCUGCUGGAGUCCAGGCCGCAGGACCCCGUCGGCUUCCUGGCCGAGCAUUUCGCGCAUCUGUCGUCGGAGGCUGAAGACGGAGCGUCGGAGCGUCGGAGCGUGAGCCGCGCUCUCUGGCACCUGAGCCUGGCGCAUCACUCUCACAGGUCAGCGUUUAACAACAACGUCCGUGUGGCAUAUGAGCUGCUGACGCAGAGCGUCCCGCGUCGUCUCGGUGCUGGCGGUGUUCGCGGGAGGCUCUACUCAGAGAUGCUGCGGUGUUUGUGCAGUGAAGGCGGGCUCUCGGGCUCCACCGCCGCUCCGCUUCUGCGCCGCAUCCAGAGCCACGACUACGAGUCCGUGCCCUUCGAGCUCUUCCGGCAGGGCGUCCUGACCUGCGCCGUGUUCGCCGACUACAUCCGUAAGUCUCAGUGUCUGUACGCGGCGGUGGCCAGCGCUCCGGACCGUCCCGCUGAGAGGACGCUGUGCCAGGCGGUGCUCUCCACCCUCCGCGAGGCGCUGGAGGCAGCAGGCGGUGCUGACGUGGCGCGAUAUCUGGAGGCCAGCGCCAAGAUCUCUCCCGCCAAAGUGGCUCAGGCUAUGGCCGAGGUUCAGCCGCGCGCGCAGCAGCAGGACGGUCCCACGAUGGACGCGCAGGAGUUUGAAGACGCCGCCGCCGCGCUCUUCAUCGCUCGAGUGCGAACCGUCACCUGAAAUCACCAGGAGUUCUGCAUGGAUCAUUAUCACUGAGAGCCGAGCAUACUGCACAAACAAGAGUAUAUCAAACGUUACAUCUUAAACCGUUGCGUCAUAUUGCAUUCAAGUUUGACCUUUUAGAUGUUGUGAAAUUGUUGAAACAUUGGCGUUUUCUCAAGCCGUUUGACUCACACUGCUGCCUUGUUUUCCAGCACAAAUAUCUAAAUAUUCUUCAAUCAAGAUGCAUUUACCAGAGAAGCAAAAUGACAAGAUAUAAAGUCUUGUCUUCUGAAAGAAAUGCUCAAAGUUAAGUGAGUUUAUGCUUAAAACAAGAAAGUGAGGACAGAAACAUAAACUUAAUUCAAAGGGAAAACCAGAUUAUUUUUCUGACCCCAUUGGCAGACAUUUGCUCUUGUUUUAAGCAGAAACCCGCUUAAGUUGAUCAUUUUUACCCAGAAAACAAUAUAAUAAUAAUAUUGAUUUUUUUAGAUAUUUGUGCUGGAAAGCAAGACAAAAACCCUAAGUUAGAAAAAAAGUUUUGCAGUUUAUGAAUAUAAUAAAGAUAAUAGCAAAUAUAAUAAUUAAAUAACAAAUAAAUACUAGAUUUUUACCAGCAUCCAAUAAGAAACACCUUAACAUCGCAUCAGCUUCGACAAAAUUAACAACAGUUAGCUUCUUUUUGUAAAAGCGUGGCAUAUUUGUGACGUAUUAAAAAGGUUUGAAAAAGUCUUAAUUCGUCCUUCCACAAACUAAGGCCUUAAAAAGAGCUUAAAUCAGACAGAACAUCUUAAAUUCAUAAAGUCGUGGCAUUAAAUGUUGCAUGAACUGCAGAAACAAUGAACAUCUUCCUCAGUGUUUUAAUCAGUACAGCAUCUAAAUAUCCUUCAAUCCAGACGUCUUAAGGAUUUUGAGAUGCAAAAUGAAAAUAUGAAGUCUUGUAUUCUGAGAAAUUGAAGAAAAUUAAGUAAGUUUAUGUUUAUAAAACAAGAACGGAUAUCUGUUUGGAUCUUGUUUUAAUCAUAAACUCAUUUUUCACCCAUCACAUCUCAUCACUUUCUCAGAAAACAACACUUCUCAUCUUUUGUCAUUUUGCAUCUCAAGUAAAUUCAUCUUGAUUUAUGAGUUUUUAGAC